AUGGAGCAAGAGCGACCUACCAGCGAGAAGCCGGGGCAUCCGCCCGCUCAAGCGAGCCUACACGAGGUGCGGACUGCCGAGAACAGCGCUGCCUUUUUGCUGCCCAAGUUACAGUCUAUGAAAGAAUCCAACCCCCAUCUGAAGCUCUUAGACGUCGGCGCUGGCUCAGGCACCAUCUCCGUGAGUUUCUCCAAGCUCAUUCCCGAUGGCCACGUUAUCGGUGUCGACGUCAACGCCAACAUCUUGCCUCGGGCACAAGCUGUCGCUGAAGAGGCCGGCGUCCAAAAUAUCGAGUUUCAGCAGGGCAGUAUCUACAGUCUUCCAUUUCCUGAUGAGACAUUCGACCUCACAUUUUGUCAUCAGGUGCUGAUUCACAUCGGCAAUCCUUGGGACGCGCUGCGUGAAAUGCUCCGAGUGACAAAGCGAGGCGGCAUUGUUGCAGCCCGUGAGGGAGACUACGAAACGGAGUGCGUCUGGCCGGAAUCUUCUGAGCUGUUAAAGUUCCAUAAACUCAUGGCAGGCCUUAUGAGUGCCGGCGGCGGCACUCCAACUGCAGGUCGACAGCUCGUUUCCUGGGCACUCAAGGCUGGUGUCGAGCGAAGCCAGGUUACUCUCAGCUUUAGUACGACAUCCUACCAAACGCCAAGCGAAAGGACAACGUUGUCCGAGGGCUUGUGCGAUCAGCUCAGAGGAGGUGCUCGGCUACGUGAGAAAGCUGUCAAAUUCGGUCUAGGUACCGAGAUUGAUUUUGAGGAAAUGAUUCAGGCCUGGAAGGAGUGGGCAAAGAGUGAUGAUGCAAGUUUGGCAAUGCUGCAUGGAGAAAUCCUUGUCCAAAAGUAA